AUGGUGAGUGCAACCGGAGAUGGAGAUGGAAACAACUGCUGCGUGAGGCAGCCUUGCGUCACUCAGGAGUCUGCGCUGAGUUUGCUGCUUGCCCCCCUCUCAAUCCCCACACCCCUUGUCUUCGUUUUGGCUCAGUCUGUCCAGGCUGCGGCUUCUGCCGUGCGCUGGGCGGGGCGGCAACAAGAUCCCGACUGUGUCGAGUGCAGGAGGAGCUGCUGCCCGAGGGUCCCCAGUCCAUCCCUGCUCCCUGAGGCAUACGCUCUCAGCUGCCGCCUGGCACUGUACCUGCCUAUUGUCUUGCUGCCCAGCGUGAUGCCUGCUGUUUUGCUGCAGCUCCUGCGGGCGAUGAAACAAACUCAACAAACCCCCACGUGGAGUUUACUCAACAAACCCACGUGGAGUUUACAGGGAAAGGGAGCAAAAGAAGGGGACUUGGUGACCUUCGAGGAUGUGACUGUGAACUUCACCCAGGAUGAGUGGGCUCUGCUGGAUUCUUCCCAGAAGAACCUUUACAGAGAGGUUGUUGGGGAAAUCUUUAUGAACUUGGCUUCUAUGGGAGAAAGAUGGGACCAGAAUAUUGAAGACUGGUACAGGAAUCAGGGGAGAAUCUUAAGAAACCAUAUUAUAGAGAGAUUUGGUGACAGCAAGCAAGGUAGCCAUUGUGGAGAAACUUUCAGCAGAAUUCUUGACCAUGAUCUGAAAAAGAAAAGUUCUACUGGAGAAACACUCUGUGAAUGUAGUGUGUGUGGAAUAGUCUUCACGCCUCACUCACCCAGGAAUACCGUCAGUGCUCAUACUAGACAGAAAGCACAUGAUUACGAAUGUAAGCAGUGUAAGACAGCCUUCAGUAAUUACCAUUUCCAAAUCAAUGACCAGUCUCACACUGAAGACAAGCCUUAUGGGUGUCCGGAACGCGAGGAAGACCGCCUUCCUUUCACCAGCCUUGGUGAAUUUGUUGUAAUUCGUGCUAAAGGUGGAGCCCAUAAAUGUAACGUGUGUGGAAAAGGCUUGCACUACCCCAGCUCACUUAGAAUCCACCAAAGAAUUCACACAGGAGAGAAGCCUUACCAGUGCGAACAGUGUGGAAAAGCCUUCAGUUGUUGGGGCUCAGUUCGAAGACAUCAAAGGACUCACACUGGCGAGAAACCCUUCAGCUGUGAGGAGUGUGGGAGAGCCUUCAGCUCUCUUUCAGGCCUUAAAGGACAUAUGAUAAGGCACACUGGAGGUGGACCCUAUAAAUGUAAGGAGUGUGGGAAAGUCUUCAAUUCACCUAGUGCACUUAGUAAACAUGAACGCACUCACACAGGAGAGAGACCUUUUUUGUGUAAAUACUGUGGGAAAGCCUUCAUUUGUUCAACUUCAGUUCAAAAACAUGAAAGAACUCACACUGGUGAAAAGCCCUAUGAAUGUAAGCAGUGUGGGAAGACCUUCAUUUCUAAUUCUGGCCUUCAAGGACAUAUGAUCAGGCACACUGGCAUAGGGCCUUAUAAAUGUAAAUUCUGUGGGAAAGCCUUUGGCUCUCCUAGUGCGGUUCUAAGGCAUGAAAGUGCUCAUGUUGUAUAG